CAUUUGUUCUUGGUAUUAUAGGACUUCUGUUAACUAGCUUUAGUUUGGGGGUGCGCAAUCGGGUGAGACUAUUGUCGGAGCAAAUUAGGAAUAAAAUAUUCAUGGGCUGGUUGGUCAUAAAAUGCAAUCAACCUUCAAGUUGGGGAAAGAGAACUCGGGGUAGUCUCCGGAAGGAUCCUAAUUCAGAUCAAGCUUGGUAUCUAAGAGAAGUCUUUGGAAGCAGCGAGGUGAAAGGUGAAUCUGAUGAGCGUUGAUCUGUUCUUCUAGGGGUACCAUCCCUGAUUUCGCAAAGGAGAGGAAGACACUGGCCUGGUCAUGGCAUCAUCUUUUCGUCAGCCAAAUCGUGUUCAGUUUUUGUGCAAGGGCCACAAGAUUCUGAAUGUACUAUUCGGCAUCUUAAUCGGUUCGUUAGCAGUCUUGCGGCGGUAUACAACAAGAGCGGAUUUCAACAGUAGCGCAAUUCUGAUGUGUCUUGUUGAUUUCAGUAUGCAUGUAUUGGUCUGCGUGCUGCCCCAAUCCAUUAUUAGCAUAUAUUGUUUUCUCCGAAAAGGAAGAUGUGCUGAUCUUGAGGCCUACAUCUUGACUGGCGCCAUGGUCCUGGAUGAUUAUGUGGCCUUACUUAUGAUCAACAUAGAGUAUAUCAGAAUUGUGAUGAUCCCAGGUAUGAUCAUUGUAUUCAUUGGUACACUUGCCUGGAAAUUGAGGAAAAGUCGAAUUGUUGAGGUCGGUAGCAGCAAAAUGGAUCACGACAGAGCGAACACAGUGACAACUGAGAAGCAGAACAACAAGGAAGAGAUCUUUUAUGUGGAGAAUACAAAUAGCAGUGACAAGUUGGAGCUCUUUGAAUUUGUCAGUUACAUUUUGCAGCUAUCAUUGGUAACAUGGACUCAAUACAAGGGACAGCAUGGCUCUACACCAGUUCUGUCCGAUUUUCUUCUGUUCUUGUGUUCAGCGCUUGGUGCCCUUGGAACAAUGCUAGCAUCACCGCUGGCUGGAGUUAAUUCUCGUGCAGUAUCAGCAGAGGUGUUACCAGUGCUACACAAAACCUGUAUAAUUGUGCUGUUUAUAGCAGUUCACACACUGGCUGCGGAAUGGCUAGGCGAUGACAUGAUCUAUGUUUGCUUACCAGAGCUUAUUACAGUGUUGGUGUGGUUCAUGGUUUGGUUUGGCGAGUCGACAAGGGUCAGCACUUUCACGUUGUACGAAUAUCAAAUCGCCAUUUUCAACUCAGUUGUGGGUACGCUGUGUCCGCUUAUGUACUGGAAGAAUUUGCGAAUUUCUUUGAUCAUGUGGUCCUUUCGGAUUUCUAUCUCUUCGGCAUCAUUUUCUGAGUUUCAUGCUUGGUUGCUGCAUGGUUGGCCUGGAAGCUCAUCAGAGUCGAAGAAACUAAUCUCUCUGCUCGAUGUUUGUGCAAGUGCUUGCUAUGGUGCAGCAGUCACGUUGUGUGUCUAUACGAUAGUCGUAACGAAUCCAUGGAUUCUGUACAACGAAAUAUCUUCCUCGGAAGAUGCAACAAGUCUGUACGAGGUAAUAUCUUCCUUCCAAGAUGAAGCCGUCGCUGCAGUCAUGAUCAUCAUUUCUGCGCUCACAGUAAUUAUAUGGUCUGUGUGCUGCCGCACGAAAAAACACACAGAAAUCCGUAUAGCAGUCAAGAGAACUCUGGAGUUAGAACUGCAUAGAAAUCCGGAGGAUGAAUCAAAAGAGAUUCUCGAUCAAAAAAUGCCAGAGCACUCGGGAAUAACAAUUGCUAAAAGGUCUCAAAGACAAAGGUCGGAGAGAGAUUAUGGAACUGGGGGCAGCAAGAUCGCAACAGUAAGCCAGCGCAGAAAGAGCAGCUCUCCUGUUAGGAGAUACAGGAACAUGAUCCAAUUUUGAUGAUGACACUGUGAUCAGAGAAGAAAAAUACAAGCACGAGGAAGACGCAUGAGCCUAUCUGCGGGAAUGGCUUGAUAACUCGUCUGGCACCUUGAUAACUUGUGCACUCUGGGGAAGAACUUUGUUUCAUUUUGUUUUAUAGGGGAGAAAAAAAUUAGUAAUAUCCAUUUACUUUGUUUGUCCUUAUCUCUCUAUUAGGGGUGUAUGUGGCAGCUUGAUGCCCCCCUUUCAUGUCUACUAGGGGGUGUAAGAACAUCUAAGGGCAGGCUUUCUGUUUCUAUGUUGCACCUUGACGCUUUUUCGUUUUCUUGUUUAUACUGUAACCCAAUCCAAUUUGUA